GUGUUCAUGGGAAACAUUUUAUUUUAAGUCACUUGCUUGAUAAAGGUUUACUCACCCCACCCCCCACCCCAUUUUUCUAUAAAUAUAUGUUUUAAAAAAACAUUUUCAGGUUAAAGAAUGGAAGAAUCCUGCAAUGAAAGUUUCUACAAUAACUCCUGUUUGGAGCCGGACUACAUCUACUAUGAUGAAACAGUGCUUGGUUAUGUGUUUUUGUCGGUCGGCUGCGUUGGUCUUUUCUUGAUACUCCUAGCACUCUACCCAGUGUAUUCAAUGAUACGCAAAGAUCCUGUUGCUCCUGUGAGCCUCAUCAACCUUCUGAUAUCUGACCUCAUUCAGCUUUGCUGCCUCAUUGUUAUGAUCGCAAAUGAUGACAUUUUUGAACUAAGUUUUAACAUAAAUUUUUGUGCAAAGAUGGUCAGUAUCAGUUUCAUGGUGGUCAUCUCCAUGGAAAGGUAUUUAUGCGUCGCCUGGCCGAUGUGGUACAGAUUCAAUCAAAACAUCAAGAAUUAUGUCAUCAUCUCCCUUGCAGCCUGGCUCCUUCCUAUUUUUUAUUUUAUUGUUUACUUCUUUACAUUUAAUUAUGGAUAUGACAUACUAGUAUCUUGUUACUUUCUCUUUCCAUUUCCUCUGCUCACAUUUUCCUUGUAUAAAACUAUCAAAGUCUUAUAUGCAAUUCGUGGUGUCAGCCGUGCUGAAAAGCUGAGAAUUAUAUCAAUUUUAUCUCUUGUUUUAAUAAUGUACUUAGUGAUAUUUCUGCCUACUGUCAUUUUUAUUUGGUAUUACCCAAACAAUGAUACAUUUUCCUAUAUAUCGUACAUUCUAUUUCUCUCAAGUCCAUUGGCAGACUUAGUUUUGUACAUUUUCAUGAGAAAAGACAUUUUUGACAGAUAUCUGCUCUCUUUUUGUUGUUGCAAAAUGGUUCAAGAAGAAAUUAGUACAACAGUAGAGAAUGCAGACAUCUCCAGACGGUUUAGUGAGGACGCAGAGAGAGGAAUAACUGAGUAAAGAUAGUGAUAGACAUAGAUAGACUAUGGCAGGUGGUACAGUCAGCUAGAAGACUUGAGCAGUUAUGUAGAAGAUUUUAUUCUUAGAACUUUGAUUAUUUCAAUUUCGUUAUUUCAUACAAACCCAUUCAAAGGAAUGACUGUUUCUAACAAAACCUAAAAAGUAGAGUGAUUAUUUAAGUUAUAAACCAAGUAAACACUCAGGUUAAGUUUUUGCUUUACAACUUAUUCUUUUUUAUUCAUUUUAAGUUUUUUUAUAUUAUACAUACGAGUUUAUACUGUAGAAAAACUGCAUUUUGUUGUGGAUUUUUUGUAUGGCAUUAUUUAUCGGAUAAAGAGACUAGCAUGCUGCCUAGCUAUGAAGGUAAAGAACAAGAGAACUCCUGCUGAUUAAGAAGACCCAGCAGGUGGAGAUGUUACCAAAUGUUUGCAUUGUCUUGUUUUUAAUGUCAUCAUCUCUAUUUUGUUCUGGAUGUUGUAUUGGUGAAGUCAAUGACUAUGUGAAUAUUUGUAUUUGAUAUGUAGAAAUGUAAUUAUCAUCUAAAGAUGCUUGUAUGUUUUUCCUUGGAGUUUUAUCAAAUUUGUACUGAGAUUGUUAUUUUUUCAGAAGUCUUUUUUUUUUAAUCAACUUUCCUUUGUGCUUUGGUAAGGCAUUUGUACAUUUGUUUAUGUAAAAUCUACUAGUUUUUUUCUGCCUUUUGUGCAACAUGAAAGAAGUCAAAACAUUUCAAUGCAAAACAGGAGUUAUUUAUUUAUUGUAUUAAAUUAACAGGAAAAAUAGCAUCAUUCAUUUCCUGGAAAGACCAAUAAAAUAAUUCUGCAAGAUAACUAAAAUAUUUAGAUUAUGCAUCUUUGCUUUAGCUUUAUGAGUUAAAUAAAAUAACAAGUUCAUAUAAUAGUUUAUUUCAAGCAAUUUCAGAAAUGAAAACACAGCAGAAUGGCAAUGAAAAUAGUGAUUACAGAUAUGAAAAAU